GGGGAGGAGAGAAAAGCCGAGCGGAGCGGGGUAGCGCAGCGCUUCUCCUCCCUCCCCUUCCUCCUCCUCCUCCUCCUCAGGGCCGAGCGGAGCCCUCCGCCCGGCGCACGCAGAGCGGAGCCCGGACCAGCGGGGGCGCCGCAGCCUCCCCGCAGCCGGGGCUGCGCGCUGCCCCUCACCUCUCCGCGCUGCCAUGCCGCUCCCCGCCCGCCGCCUGCUGCUGCUGGCCGCGCUGCUCUGCGGAGGAGCCGCGGCCGCUCGAGUUAACAAGCAUAAGCCAUGGAUUGAAACGACGUAUCAUGGGAUAAUCACAGAAAAUGACAACACAGUUCUCUUGGACCCCCCUUUAAUAGCCCUGGACAAAGAUGCACCUCUGCGUUUUGCAGAGAGUUUUGAGGUGACAGUCACCAAAGAAGGUGAGAUUUGUGGAUUUAAAAUUCAUGGGCAAAAUGUCCCCUUUGAAGCAGUGGUAGUGGAUAAAUCCACUGGUGAGGGAAUAAUACGCUCCAAAGAAAAACUCGACUGUGAACUGCAGAAGGACUACACGUUCACCAUACAGGCCUAUGACUGUGGGAAGGGACCAGAUGGAGCAAAUGCAAAAAAAUCCCACAAAGCAACAGUACACAUUCAGGUGAAUGAUGUUAAUGAGUAUUCUCCAGUGUUCAAAGAGAAAUCGUACAAGGCAACAGUUAUUGAAGGGAAGAGGUAUGACAACAUCCUGAAAGUGGAAGCGGUGGAUGCAGAUUGCUCACCUCAGUUCAGCCAGAUCUGCAACUAUGAAAUUGUAACUCCGGAUGUUCCUUUUGCUAUUGACAAAGAUGGUUAUAUAAAAAACACAGAAAAGUUGAGCUAUGGCAAAGAGCAUCAGUAUAAACUGACAGUAACUGCGUAUGACUGUGGGAAGAAGAGAGCUGCUGAGGAUGUAUUGGUUAAAAUUAGCAUUAAGCCUACAUGCAAGCCUGGCUGGCAAGGUUGGAGCAAAAGAAUAGAAUAUGAGCCUGGUACUGGUUCUUUAGCACUCUUCCCAAGUAUGCGUUUGGAGACAUGUGAUGAACCAAUAACCUCAAUUCAGGCAACAGUUGAACUAGAAACCAAUCAUAUUGGGAAAGGCUGCGAUAGAGACACCUAUUCUGAGAAAUCCAUUCACAGACUCUGUGGUGCUGCUUCUGGCACAGCUGAACUGCUUCCUUCUCCAAGUAGUGCUGCAAACUGGACGAUAGGACUUCCUACUGAUAAUGGUCACGACAGCGACCAAGUCUUUGAGUUUAAUGGCACACAAGCUGUGAAGAUUCCAGAUGGUGUUGUCACAGUCAAUCUGAAAGAACCCUUCAUGAUUUCAGUGUGGAUGAGGCAUGGGCCUGGAACCAAAGAGAAAGAGACAAUUCUUUGCAAUUCAGACAAGACAGAUAUGAAUCGACACCACUACACCCUGUACCUGCACAACUGCCGCCUUGUUUUCCUUUUCCGACAAGAUCCUUCAGAGGGAAAGACAUACAAGCCUGCAGAAUUCCAUUGGAAGCUAAAUCAAGUUUGUGACAAAGAAUGGCACCAUUAUGUCCUCAAUGUUGAAUUUCCUGCAGUGACUCUGUAUGUAGAUGGUGUUUCAUAUGAUCCUUUCCCAGUGACUGAAGAUUAUCCGCUUCAUCCUUCGAAAAUAGAAACUCAGCUAGUAGUUGGGGCAUGCUGGCAAGAAUAUACAGGAAAUGAAAAUGACAAUGAAACCCUGCCUGAGACCUCUGCAGGUGGGGAGCUCCGCAUGGCUCAGUUCUUCCGAGGCAAUCUGGCAGGUUUGAUGAUUCGUUCUGGUAAACUGGAGAACAAGAAAGUGAUAGAUUGCCUGUAUACCUGCAAGGAGGGACUGGAUUUGCAAAUUGCUGAUGGUGUUGGCAAAGGCGUGAAGAUCCACAUGAACCCUAGUCAGUCAGCAGUGACCGUAGAAGGGGAUGACAUUGACAGAGUUGAUAAGGCCAUGCAGCACAUUUCCUAUCUGAAUUCUCGCCAGUUCCCCACACCUGGAAUCCGGAGGCUUAAAAUCACCAGUACUGUCAAGUGUUUCAAUGAAGAGGCCUGCGUCUCUAUUCCUUCUGUGGAGGGAUAUGUAAUGGUCUUGCAGCCAGAGGAACCAAAAAUCAGCCUGAGUGGCAUCAACCAUUUUGCCCGAUCUGCUUCAGAGUUUGAGAGUUCUGAGGGCAUUUCUCUCUUCCCUGAGCUUCGCAUAAUAAGCACCAUUACACGGGAGGUGGAGCCAGAUGGAGAUGGGGAUGAAGAUCCUACAGUACAAGAGUCUUUGGUUUCUGAAGAAAUCAUGCAUAACCUGGAUACGUGUGAGGUGACAGUGGUGGGAGAAGAACUAAAUCAAGAUCAAGAAAGCCUGGAGGUUGACAUGACACGAUUACAGCAGAAAGGCAUUGAGAUGAGUAGUUCCAACCUUGGCAUGAUCAUCACAGGAGUUGAUACUAUGGCUAGCUAUGAGGAAGUUUUGCAUUUGAUACGCUACAGAAACUGGCACACGGUUUCUCUUUUUGACAGAAAGUUCAAAUUGGUUUGUUCUGAGCUUAACGGGCGCUAUGUCAGCAAUGAGUUUAAAGUAGAGGUGAAUGUUAUCCACACAGCUAACCCCAUUGAACACGCUAAUCACAUAGCUGCACAACCACAGUUUGUACAUCCGGUGCACCACACGUUUGUUGAUCUGUCUGGUCACAACCUAGCUAACCCUCAUCCAUUUUCAGUUGUUCCAAGUACAGCCACUGUUGUGAUUGUAGUUUGUGUGAGUUUCCUGGUUUUUAUGAUCAUUCUGGGAGUGUUCAGAAUCCGAGCCGCACAUCAGCGAACAAUGCGUGACCAGGACACUGGAAAGGAAAAUGAGAUGGACUGGGAUGACUCUGCAUUGACCAUCACUGUGAAUCCUAUGGAAACUUAUGAAGAUCAGCACAGCAGUGAAGAAGAGGAGGAGGAAGAGGAAGAGGAAAGCGAAGAUGGAGAGGAGGAUGACAUCACUAGUGCAGAGUCUGAAAGCAGUGAGGAAGAAGAAGGCGAGCAGGAGGAGGACCAACAGAAUGUUAAUAGACAGCAACAGCUGGAAUGGGAUGACUCUACCCUCAGUUAUUGAUUCUAGCUGUUCCCUUUGUCUCUGUUUCUGCUCUAGAAGACUCCACUGUAAUGCACUCCAUUGUUCCCAAGGAUUCAUGGUGUUUAAAAAAAAAAAUCAUUCUGGCCAGUAGAUUCAACCAACACACAUCCCAGUGUUUGUGUUCUGUCAGCUAGUUCCUGAUGCUGUUUCUAGAGUUGUAGUUAGCACCUCUUUUCCUUCAGCCAUGCCUCAGUGACUGGAUUUUUUUACACUAUGUGAGGAACCACCCUGCACUUUUUCUUCAUGUCAUCUCAGCUAAGUGACUGCAGAUCUGUAGCCAUUGCACAUGAAUUUCUGAACUUUUUUUUUUUUGCUCUGUGAAACAAUUCCAGCUUUGUUCCUUUUUGUCUUUCUGAAAGAUGCAAAGAUUGCUUGUUGACAAAGGGUAAAGCUGCUCAUUUCAGCCUGUUGAUUUCUUUUAAUUUUUUUUCCCAAGUUAGUGCAUGUGUAAAGUGGCAGAAUGAGGUUAAUACGUAGAAGAUUAACAGACUUUUUAAUAUUUUGUAAAUAUAUUGGAAUUAUGUAAUUAUGUCAUUUGUGGUAGUGAAAACAGGGAUUGGGGUUUAAAACAUGCUAAAGUAAAAAAUCAUGAAGCAUGAAAUAAUACAAGUCUCAUACUGCUGCAGCAGGAGCACGGGCACAGUUAUCUAGUGUAGAUGUGUCAGUAAUGCAGUGUCCUUGGCCUUGACUGCCAUGUUCACUCAUGCCCCGCUCUGGUUUUUCUUUUUUUUGUUGGUCUCUGAUUUCCUUUAUAUUUGCAGAGGGAACAGACAAGCUUAUGAGAAACUGUAAAGGCUUUUAGGAACUUCUGCAGAGGUUCAACUGCCCUGCCUAACAGUUUGUUGGUUCGUUUUCUUGUCGUUUUGUCAUUUUUUUUUAAGAAAUUUUCCAGUGAAGUUUUAGCAUAAGCACUGUUUAAGUUAUUGGGAGAAGAACACUACGUGGAUGGUGGGCAAAUCAGGCUGUGGAGUGCUGUCACAGCACCUGCUUACAGCAGGGCUGCCUGUGGUGCAGCGAUGGUCUGUUGGAGCUGCUGGUUGAGUGCAUUUUGUUCAGUUGGUUGGUUGUCCCACUGGUGACUGAAGCUGGAAAGCCUGCGACCUGUGUACCUGCACACCUUGGCUACCAGUCUACAUAGAUAGGUGUGAGGGGUUUUUUGACUGUUCAGUUUGUCUCAUUUGGGAAUGGGAGGGUUUGGGGCAUAGCUGAUACCAUUUCUAUUAACGCACUCCUGCUCAUUCCCUGUAGCUCCUUGUACAGUAACUUGGACUGUUGGUGUAUUAAGCCUUUGUUUACACUUAGUAAUUGUGUUUUCCUGCUGGUGAAACUAUAGAAUAAAUUAUCCAACCAGAAAACCUUGGGAAUCACAUUAAUACUAUUCCAAGUCAUGGCUGAUUUUGGUUGUUUCUGAUGAAAGUUUGAACUUGGAAUUGCAAAGGACUUUUUAAACAAUGACUGAAAGGUACGAAAAGUGAGUUAUGACCCCAUGGUGGAGAGUGCUAGUGUUUGGAAAGGCAGGACUUGUCCAUUUAACUUUAUUUGUCCUAUGCAGAGCCUCGAAUAAUGGAUACCUGCUUACUUGAUUUGUUUUUUUUAUGUUUGGAGGUGGAUUAAAGAGUAACUUGUUUUGCUUGUAACAGGAAACUAGGACUCCAUUCACUCCUCAGCACAGUAAGCAAAGUUGCAUUUGUUUUUUCCUAUAUGUAAUCUGCCCAUGUUCCAGGUGCACACAGCCCAUUCACAGCAGGCUCCUUAGUGGCCAGCAGUACCCAGCAGGGAAACGUUGCACUGGAUAAGCCUGCUAGAGGAGCAAGCCAAAUGGUGGGAAAGGAGUGGGAGGAAAAGGGUCAUAACUCAAAAAGAUAAAGGUUGGUCCAGAUGUUUGCAGUUUUGGUUUUCAGAGCAGACCUCUUCUCUAGCAUGCAUCUUGCCUCCUGAUGGAUGUAAUGGGAUCUAAUGGUGGGUUUUAGCUGGGGUAACAGAUUUGACUCUGUGGAGUGCCUUUUACAAUACUAGAUGGACCUGGAAGCAGGAGGGAGAACCCACCCAACGAGCUUACUGGUUUUUUUUGUGUUGGUUUUUUUUUUUAAUGUAAAAUUUUAGAUUUCUAAAAUGGGGAAAUGGUUUUGACUACUUAUGUGGUAAUAUAACUGCUAGUUUUAAGUUAACUGGGAAACUUUUAACUUAUGUCUGACAGUUGUCUUGUGUUAAUGUGUAGAAGACUUAUCCUUCCAUAUACUGUCACUGUAGCUGCUGUAUUUUAGACUAAAGCUGAUCAUGAGUUAAUGGUAACACUGAGAGGUUGUGAACGUCCUGAUGCAGUUAGUAGCCACUGUGGGUAUAACUCUUCAGAUGCAUAUAUUGGUAAAGGUCAGUUUGGAAAGUCUAUAAGCUACAAUAAAUUUCUGGUUCUAAAG